CCUCACAUGACCCAGCACUGUCAGUCCACCAGCAGCAGCAGGGCAGUAACUGAAGAAGGAAUCAGGAUAGUCUAAGCUCAAAGAAGAAGGAUUAAAGUCAUGGAUCCAGAAAAGACACCGAUAGCUUAUUCUGAAGAGAAGUCAGCUAUGGGACAUCCCUCCAUGGGGCAGGCCCCCGCCCCACCGCCGUACCAAGACCACCCACAGGCUCAGCCUGGCCUGGGCUCCCCGCAGGGAUACUGUUAUCAGCAGUACGUCGGAGGAUACGGCCAGCAGGCGCCGUACGUUGUGGGUCAGCAGUACCAGGCACAUCCGGGCGCCGUCACCAUCCAGCCGACCGUGUACGUGACCGCCAGCCCUCUGGCCAACCCCGUCAACGACUACCUGUGUUACUCCAUCUUCACCAUGAUCUGCUGCUGCAUGCCCCUGGGAAUCGCUGCCCUCAUCUACUCCCUCUCAGCCCGUGACGCCAAUUUCAGCGGGAACCUGGCCGUGGCGGAGCGGAGCAGCAGGACAGCCAGGAUGCUGAACCAUAUCGGUCUGGGAAUCGGACUCGGAGUCAUCAUCCUUUCCAUUGUCUAUAUAGUGGUUGUUGCAGGUGUGAUCGCCAGUCAUAAUUGAGACGGGCGUCCGGCAGAGAGCAGAGUCUCUCCACAUGAACAACCGACACAUCGUCAGAGGUGUUUCUUUUACCUGUUUUGUUUCUGAUUUGCUUCCUGUAUAUCACCACACAGCGAUAAUCCAGCUGUGUUUGACAUAACGUGAUUUCAGUUUAAAUGAGACACUUUAAGUGUGACACAGACCACUCAUUAGUUGGGCCUCUAUUGAAAUUUUUCAUGUGGGAUUACAAUUUGUUCAGUGUACUGAGUGAACUUCAGUGUUGAAGGUGAUGAAACAGUAAAAAAUGGCAUGUAAAAACUUACCAAGAAGAAUAUUUUAAAAACAAUAAUAAUGAUGAGGAUGGAAUGAAUGUGGUUUCAGGUUUGUGAAUUCAAAACAUAAAAAAGUGAGCCAGUUUAUCAUCGAGUGUUUGUGACGUGCAUCUUUUCACCAAAUCAGAGUCGGAGUCGUCCUGCGUUGAAAUCUGCGCUGUUAUUUCUGUCGGGUAUGUUUCUUUUUUUGUUGACUUUUAGCAAAGCCGAGAGGAAGAGGAAAGCUUUUAUAUUCAGUUUCUUUAUAAAUAAAGUCCAUGAGUGAAAUCA